UCCUCCUUCCUUCUUCCUUCUCUUCUCCUCCAUUCGUCAAUUUCCCGCUCCUCCUCUCCUCCCAUUCCUAUCUUCUUCGCCUCCUAUUGCCCUGUAACUUGAAGCGGAGAAAAAUCAAACAAAAGAAAUCGCAUACCAAAUAUAAAAAAAACCAGCACAUGAAAUAAGAACAUAAUUAAAAGCUAAUGUAUAAGAAGAAAAACUCAGAUGCGAGAAAACAAGCCAACUGGAGCCGAAUGACAGGUGGUACCGAAGUGGAGAAGAACACGCCGCCAUAGCGACCACUGUCAACAAAUCACCACCAUGUUCAAGAAUACCUUUCAGAGCGGCUUUCUCUCCAUCCUGUACAGCAUAGGAAGCAAACCUCUACAAAUAUGGGACAAGAAGGUUCGAAAUGGACACAUCAAAAGGAUCACAGACAAUGAUAUUCAGUCACUGGUGUUGGAGAUUGUUGGUGUAAAUGUGAGCACUACAUACAUCACAUGCCCCGCUGAUCCUAAGAAGACCCUCGGAAUAAAACUGCCGUACCUUGUAAUGAUCGUGAAAAAUCUCAACAAAUAUUUCACAUUCGAAGUUCAGGUUCUGGACGACAAGAAUGUAAGACGACGUUUCCGUGCCAGCAACUACCAGUCCACAACAAGAGUGAAGCCUUUCAUCUGUACCAUGCCCAUGCGCUUGGACGAGGGAUGGAACCAAAUUGUGUUCAAUCUUGCUGACUUUGUGAGAAGAGCAUACGGAACCAAUUAUGUGGAGACCUUGAGGGUUCAGAUCCACGCCAACUGCCGCAUUAGAAGAGUUUAUUUUGCUGAUCGUCUCUAUUCGGAAGAAGAAUUACCUGCAGAGUUCAAACUAUACCUGCCUGUUCAAACAAAAGCCAAGUCUGCCAUAUAGAAGCUCAGUCUUGGUUAUAAAUGAUGAAUAUAUUGACUACAUUCAAAUCUAUAACAAGAAUUUUUGCACCCUUUCUAAGUCGUUUAUUUUUAUCACAGCUCUCAAAAAAAAUAUUGAUAAAUGUGUGUGCAUGUGUGUGUGUGUGUGUUCUGUAUGUCAUCAGUGGGAUGAUGGUGCACAUAUUUUUUAUUCAAAAUACUGUGCCAUAUAUAAUGUAAUGAAAUAUUGGAGUUGAUUUGAAGUACAGGCCUUAGAAAUAUAUUGGAAAUGUAUAUAUACUGCACCUAAUUGGAACCACUGAGGAUGGCCUUCUUUUGUAGUAAUUUUCCCAGUUCCACUGCUCUUUAGUGAGUAAAAGAAUAAAUCUGCUGUGGCUGGCAGUACAUUCAGUAUGUUUUCUAUGGUCAGCUAUAAGUAUCACCAGGGUAAUUCAGUAAAAUUAUGAUUUUUGGAAGCCAAAGUAAAAAAUAAGAAUUCCAUGUCAGCUAUUCACGUGAUAAAUACUUAAGCACCGCUAAGCUUUGGUAGCUCAGCUUCCCAAGAUUGCUUGGCUGCAUACAUUUGUGGCUGAGAAGUGGCACCUCUGUAUCAGGGAGGGAGAGACCACCUCUGUGUCACCUUGGUUUUUAGUGAUUUGGUUCCAUUGACAGUUUGUGCACUUUACUUAAGACAACUAUUGAAAAUUACUAGGAAUGUCUGAUUUGCCAUUACCUAGUACAUAUGUACUUAUGUUCACAAUUUUGUACGCACUUUUUACAGUUACAGCUUCCAAUAAAACUGGAGGCAAUUCUGUAGUUUUCCAUACUUUGUUAUAUACAUAUUGAAAAGGCUUCUGUUGAGCUAUUGAUUCUAAUCAUGGUGUGGUGGUGUGGCAGAAUUGAAUUUUUCUGCUCACAACUAAGAUCCUUGUGGAGACAAUCAGGGUUUGUCUCCUUUAGUGCUGUGGCAGAGAAUGGUUAUGAGCUGAACACCUCAGACCCUUGCAACUCUGCCAAGGAGGGAAGAUUAAAUAUUGCAGUUUUAGUUGAAAUUAUAAAAAUCAUUAGCUUCAGGAGCAAUCAUAUGUGAAGAGGGAACAUGUAAAGUGUGUUGAAAUAUGAUUGAUUGUAUGAAGAGGUAACUGAAAAUGGAAUUAGUACUUUAAUUUCUCCAGAACCUCAUUAGUUCUAGCUAUAAAUUUCUGUUCAUAUGUGUAUUGGACUUUGAUCAUCACAGUUCCUUAUAUGAUUCAACAUGAACAUUUGCAAAGAUAAAGUGGGAGGGUAAGAGGAGUGUCUAGUGGAGUGAUGGAGAGGACCACCACUUAGAUACAUGGCCAUAAUAAGAGCAUGAAGAACGAAGAGACUGCAAAGUUUAAUUAAGUAAAGUUGGUGUUAAUAGGUGGCUGGAGGAUGGAAGAAUGGGGUAAAGAAGUAUGAAGUAAAACAGUUAUUAGUAGAGACCAAGAAUUUGAACAAGCAGUGAGGGAAUUUCUGGACUGGAGGUAAAGAUUCUUGGGGCAUGUGGUUGGAAAGAGUGAGACACUAGAAAUAUUGAUAGAUGGAAUGUAAAAUUUUCAGUAUGUAAUGAUUAGAGCAGUUACACCAUCCUGCACUGAUCAACUGUCCUCAUCCACCUUGUCAUUUUCUUCAACUUUGAUUAGCUCACUGUUGGCUCUUCACAGUUUAUGGUUAUUUUUAUUAUAUAUACAUCAGUUGGCAUACAUAUAUGUAUUAAAAAAAGAUUAUCAAUUAAUCAUUUAAAAUCUUGAGACAUUAUUUAUGCUUGGAAUUUCAUAUUCACCAUAAAAAUGCACAACUAAUCUAGAUCAACUGGAGUUAGUUGGUUACACCUCAUCUAACAAAUAAAGAAAAUAAUUACCUAUGCAUGUUACUUGUCAGUUUCAUGGCAACACAAAGGAAAUAAACACCAA